AUGGGGUCGUUGAGAUCAUUCAUUAAAGCUGUUAGAAAAGCAAAGACAAUUGCUGAUGAAAGAGCAGUCAUUCAAAAGGAAUCAGCAGCAAUAAGAACAUCAUUCAGAGAUGUUUCACUUGAUCAUACUACAAGGAGAAUUAAUAUAUCUAAAUUACUUUAUCUUUAUAUAAUGGGAGAAAAAACUCAUUUUGGUCAAGUUGAAUGUCUUAAAUUAUUAGCAUCACCAAGAUUUGCUGAUAAAAGAUUAGGUUAUUUAGCUUGUAUGCUAAUUUUAGAUGAAAAUCAAGAGGUACUUACAUUAUUAACAAAUUCAUUGGAUAAUGAUAUGCAACAUCCAAAUGCUUAUAUAGUGGGAUUAGCACUUUGUUGUCUUGGAAAUAUUGCAUCACCUGAAUUAGCAAGAGAUUUAUAUCAAAAUGUAGAGACUAUAAUGGAUUCAAAGAAUAAUUUUUUAAAGAAAAAAGCAUGUUUUGUUGCAGCAAAAUUAGUUGAAAAAGAACCAGAUUUAUCUGAAUUUUUCUUACCAAAAGCAUUGGAAUUAAUAAAUGAAAAAAAUUCAUCAGUAUUAUUAGGAUCUUUAAGAUUAAUUCAAGCCUUGUAUGCAAUUGGAGAAACUGAUGUAACUUCAACAUUACCUAAAAUUGUAAAUCAUUUAAAAAGAGUUUCAACAAGUGGAUAUCAACCAGAUUAUGAUGUAAUGGGAACUACUGAUCCUUUUCUACAAGUGAGUCUAUUAGAAACAAUUAGAAUCCUUGGUGGUAAUUCAGAAGAAAUUAAUGAUAUAUUGACUCAAGUAGCUUCAUUGGAUAGUGGCAAGAAUGCAGCAAAUGCAAUAUUAUAUGAAUGUGUUAAAACUAUCUUUGCAAUUGAUGCUGAUCAAUCAUUAAAAAUUUUGGGUGUUAAUAUUCUAGGUAAAUUUUUAUCAACAAAAGAUAAUAAUACAAGAUAUGUGGCAUUAGAUACAUUAUUAAGUAUUGUGAAUAUAGAACCAUUAGCAGUUCAAAGACAUAGAGCUACUAUCGUUAGUUGUUUAACUGAUGGUGAUAUUUCAAUAAGAAGAAGAGCAUUAGAAUUAGCAUUUGGUAUAAUAAAUGAACAAAAUAUAAGAGUUGUUACUAGAGAAGUUUUAACAUUUUUAUCCAGCUGUACGGAUCAGGAGUUAAAGCUGUAUGUUACAUCUCAACUUACCAUUGCAGCUAACAAAUAUUCUCCAAAUGACAAAUGGCAUUUUGACACAUUAAUUAGAAUUUUAGAGAGUGGAGGGAAUUCUUUAACUCAAGAUAUCAUAUCAAAUAUUCUUGCAUUAAUUCUACAGUGUGAUGACCAAGAAUUGAAAAAACAUGUUGUUUCCAAAUUAUAUGAAUCUAGUUUGAAAGAUAAUAAUCAAUAUGGUUUAGUUUUAAUUAGUAUUUGGUCAUUAGGUGAAUAUGGUGAGUUAAUUUUAGGAAAUGAAGUAACAGAAUCAAACAUUACGGAUUUAUUUGAAACCAUCUUGGAAAAUUCUACUUUCUCGAGCAAUGAGAUCAUUCAAUUAACAAUAUUCAUUCUCACGGCUGUACUUAAAUUAUCUAUUAAAUUUAAGAAUUCAAAAGUAAUUGAAAGAUUACGAAAUAUAAUAAAUUCCAAAACUUAUGAUUCAAAUUUAGAAAUUCAAACUAGAGCUGUUGAGUAUCAGGAAAUAUUUGGUCAAGAUUCUAGUUUAAAGAGAGGAUUAUUAGCAAGAAUGCCAGCACCACCUGUAAAACAAAGAGAAGCCUUAAAAUUGCAUAAUAAUAACAGCAAUAACAAUCAUACCAAUACUAAUAAAAAAUUUGAUUCAAGCAUUGGUGAAACUCAAAAUAAUUUACUCGAUUUAAUUGAUACAGAUGAUUUACCAACAACAUCACAAGAAAAUGACGUGUUAUCAGAUAUAUUUGGAGAUAAUUCAGUAACAAAAGCAUCACCGUCAUCAUCAUCACAUGUCAAUGAAAUUAAUGCAUUUGAGAAUUCAAAUUUAAAAGUCUCAUUUAUACCCAAAAAGUUUUCAAAUGGUGAAGCAAUAAUUGAAGCAAUUGUUUCAUCAAAUAAAUUAAUCAAUCAAUUUCAAUUAUUAAUUGCAGUUCCAAAAUCUCAAAAAUUAACAAUAACCUCAACUUCUGGUGAUACUUUAAAUUUAGGACAAAAAAUUCAUCAAAAUUUAAAAAUUGUUGGUAAAGAAGGUUCAAAAAUUAAACUUAGAGUUAAAUUAAAAUAUAAUUACAAUAAUGAAUCAAUUGAAGAUCAAUUUGAUUUUAGUGGAUUUAAUGAAACUUUAUAA